UUUAUAUACAUCAGUGUAUUCUAAAAAAGUUUUACUUUUUCUAUGAAAACUUUUCAAACUGCCACUAUCAUAUGCCCCAAUGGAUAUUGAGUAUCCUGAUUCGGAAUCAAGUAAUAAGGUACGACGUCCUAGAAAACGUUGCCGGAGGAUUUCGUCAAGUUCUGAUAACGAAAAUGAACAGUGCAAUAAUUUUAUAAAUGAAGAGUACGUGUGGAAAGCCGAAAAUCAUACUCCGAUUAUACAUCGUUUUACAAGUGAAGGUGGUGCAACUAUAAAUACACGGGGUUUGUCAAGAGGGGAGGUUUUUGAACUAUUUUUUAACACUGAAUUAAUUACAAAAAUAAUUGCGGAAACAAAUAAGUAUGGCGCAAGCGACGCAGACUUCAUACCUAUUGAAGGGGACGAAUUAAAAGUAUUUAUUGCUGUAAAUAUUUUGAUGAGUCUAAUUUCCAAGCCCACGGUUCAAAGCUAUUGGUCAACAGAUAAAAGUAUAGAAACUCCGUAUUUUAAGAAUGUCAUGAGUCGUGGCCGAUUUAUUUCUAUCUCAAAAAAUUUACACUUUUCCAGUACACAUAAUCCUAAUAACCCACUGUCUAAAAUUCGGGAAGUUAUGGAAAUUGUAAAGAAAACUUUCAUUUACAUGUAUGUCCCAAAUAAAAACAUUUCCAUUGAUGAAUCACUAAUGGCAUGUAGAAGUCGUUUACAUUACAUACAAUUUAUUCGAACAAAACGUGCGAGAUUCGGUAUCAAAUUUUAUAAAGUCUGUGAUUCACAAUCACGAUACAUACAUAAUUUCAAUAUAUAUAUAGGAAAAGAUAAAACUGCUACAGGAUCUGCUGGCAGGAAUGUUGUAUUCAAUUUGUUAAAAGAGAGUCAAUUAUUGCACAAGGGGUAUUGCUUAUUCAUUGAUAACUGGUACAGUUCACCAAAAUUAUUCCGAGAAUUAUAUAAAAUGAAAACAAAUGUAUGUGGAACAGUGAGAAUAAAUAGGAAAGAAAUGCCUCGAGAAUUAAAAUCACACGUAUUACAACAAGGGGAAGCUACUAUAUUUACUACAAAAGAGAUGGUGGCGAUAAAAUGGAAGGACAAGAAAGAUGUCGUUAUGCUUACUACCAUGCACGAUUUAAGUUUUGUUGAAGCAGGAAAACAAAACCGAUAUACUGGACAAAAGACUUUAAAUCCAACCGCAGUAGUAGAUUAUAAUCAAUAUAUGGGUGGAGUUGAUGUUGGCGACCAAAUGUUAAGCAAAUUUCAUACUGUUCGACGAUGUAAAAAAGCCUAUAAAAAAAUGUUUUUUUAUUUUAUUGAUAUGAUGUUGCUGAAUACUUAUGUAAUUUUUAAAAAUCAGAAGAAAGAUCGAGCCUUUCAUGUGUUUAAACAAUUAUUAGCCGAAGAAAUUAUAGAUAAAUAUUUGCCCAACAUUAAUGUAGAUAAGGCAUCCGUCAAUGAUUCCUUUACGAGAUUUACUGGCAGACAUUUUCCUGUACGGAUACCUGCAAUUCCAGCAAAAGGAAAUAAAACUUCAAAACGAUGCGUUCUAUGCCUAAGUAAAUCGAUUCGAAGGGAGACAGUCUUUAAAUGCCACAUUUGUGAUAAAGCACUAUGCAUUGACCAUUUUAAAGAAUUCCACGAACGUUAAUUUAUUUUAACUAAAAUAAGUUUAUUUCAUUUAUAAAAAAAUAUUUGUUUUUCCUUUUGUGUAAAAAAAAUGUAAAAUGCAAUAUAACACUGUGUAUCAAUCGUUUAAAAAGAACAUUCUUAUCCAUCUACAUCAAAGCGCGGAAUAAUCCGUGGGUCGCGACAGUCGAUUAUCACCAAGCGCGGAAUAAUCCGCGAGCCGCGAUGCCCGUUACAACACAUACACCGAUCGCGCGUGGUGAUACGCGUCAGUCGUUUGUUGAACGUCGCUGAUGUUUCGAUGCGGGAGAUUAAGUAGAGCGAUGAUGCAAAUGGGUUAAAAAAAAAACAUCAAAGAGAACUAUUAAUUUCAUAUGUUUUAUUUAUAAAAUCACAUGUAYUUAAAUCUAAACUUAAGAACAUCACCGCCGCCCCCGUGGAUAAUUAUCGUACUCUACAUUCACUCCCUUUCAACAACACAAAUCCGACGCAAACGCCUAUCUCGAUCRUUCUCCUUGUAUAUAGCUUCGUUUGCACAAGGUUCAAUUGAAUAGAAUUUAGUUAGUCUUACCUCCAAAAGAGGCGUGACUAUCGUUGACGUACACGUUGCUGAAUGACGAUUGUAGCAAACAGCCGAUCUUUUAUUAGUAUAAUUUAAGCCAAAUUUAAGGUAGUGGUAAUAAGAUUCGAAAAAACAAACUUGUCUGGUUUUCGUCUUUAUUGUAAAGUACGCGACAAAAAUAUUUAGAAUAGUAGAAACCGAUAAUAUAUAAA